CUGUGAUUUAGCUGAUUGCGUAAUUUGAUCGCAGCCCCUCCUUGUUUCUAUGGUUAAAGCGAGCAGCAGCAGCGGCGGCGGCAGCACCACCCACUCCGCUCCCUCUCCACCACUCCUCUCUCCAUUCUGCACACAGACAGACGGAGGCAACACGUAACACCACAAGGCUGUGCGUGAGGGACAAACGCCGUCGCACUGGAAUGAGCUGUGACGGGAAUCCCCUCCAAGCCCUCCUCUUCAGGCUCGGGACGCUGCAAACGUGAGAGGGAAAAACACGCGUCCAGCAUCAGCUCUGCACUGGCAAGAGACUUGGAAAAUCAAAAAUACAAGAGGCUCGUCUCUCCGUGGACCCCUGUCCUGGAGAACACUCCCAACACAUACCGAGCAUAUCUAUCCAUCACCGGGCUGAGGAGACGCUGACAGGAGCGUGGACAGACAAACAAGAGGGGUGGGAGGGGGGGAGAAAACUCGAGAAUAAGCGCGCGGAGACAGAGGGAGAGCAAGGGGAGGAGAGGAUGGACGCCCUAAUCCCUGUCCUCAAGAAUAACCCAGGCCCGUCUGUGCUGGUGUUCUCCCUUCUUUUCAGGGUGGUCCACCGUUUGCUCCAAAACAUACCGGUGCCCAAAGUGGUGAAGCAGAAUGACCUCCACUCCUGGAAGUGGAGGAACCUCUCCGUCUCCAUGGUGCACUCCCUGCUCACAGGGACAUGGGCCCUGACCUGUGUGGUGGUCUGGCCCGAGACGUUGAACAACAUCCACUCCUACCACACCCCUCUGUCCUACCUGCUCAUCUGCGUCUCAACAGGAUAUUUUGUACAAGAUGCAGGUGACAUCAUCCUGACAGGACAUGCAAGAGCAUCAUGGGAAUUCUUAAUCCACCAUGCACUGGUGGUCUGCUGUUUCCUGUACGCCCUCUACACUCACCUGUACGUUGCCGGCGCCGUGAUCGCUCUCUUCGUGGAGGUCAACAGUGUCACCCUACACCUGAGGCUGAUGCUGAAGCUGGCGGGCGCUCAGGCCUCCACCGUGUACUACAUCAACAAAUUCGCCAACCUCUUCACCUACGUCACGUUUCGUCUGAGCACACAGUUCUACCUCACCUGGUACAUCGUCCAUAACUACUCCUGGCUGGACAACGGUGGAUUCUUUCUCACCUCCAUGAUCAUGAUGAACAUCAUGAUCUUGAUUUAUUUCUACCGCCUGCUCCGCGCCGACUUCUUCUCCUGGAGUAAGAGCUACGCGAGACAGAACGGGACACACAACAACAACUCCAAGAAGUUUCUUACUGAUUGAGUUAAGAAGGUUUCCCGGACUGUCUUUUUGUUUUUUUAUUCAGGGUGGGAGUUACACAUGUUGUCUUUCUCCAGAUCAUUCCUCAUGAUGUCAGGUUUUUGUGUCACACUGCCAAAGAACAAAGCCCCAAAAACAACUUUUGGUGGAACAAAUUUUAGACUUGUUCAGGAGCUUGCAUUUCCAGAGAUUUUGGAGGAUAAUUGGGUUUUCAAGGGGAAAGAUAUGUGAAACACUGCUUUAUUUGAUGCUAAAAAGCAUACUCUAUUUCUCAAAACGCACCUAUUUUAAACAUAUUUACAAUUUAUAUUUAGUACCACAUAACCUUAAAGAAAUAGGUCGACAUUUUGAGAAACACACUUAGUGACAUUCUUGGCACAUGUAAGACAUAGGUGGAGUUUGACAUUUGGGCAAAGCGAGGCAAAUAUUUUUUUAACCAAUGUGAGCGUGUAUGGUCACGUAUAUAGUAGCAGAAAACAAGAGCGCCGAGCUUCCCAUAUACCCCAACAAGAGCAUUACAUUUUUUUCUGACCACUCAUGGUGUUUGUCUCUCACAUGUGAGCACACACAACCGUAAAGUGAAAGUUUUUUAGAUGUGAGUUUGAGCAAAGCCAAAUAAUAUUGGAAGGCUUUAAUUUUCCAUAUUGCAUUUUGAACCAUUUUGUAGUCGCAUACAUGAAAUUGCAAACUGAGUUAUGCAUACUGACUUGUUGUAUAACAAAAAGAUGGCUAUCUGAUUCACCAACUGCAAAAUGGAGGGAACACUCCACUAACGUCACACGUCAUGGGCCAUGGCACAUGAACUCAACGAUGAAUAUAAUACGUGAUUAAACAUAAAGGAAUUCAGGCCUAUACUCAAAAAAAAAUCAUUUGUCUUAUAAAAAUCACAAAAUAUUUUGCUGGACCAAUUUUAGACUCAGCGUACUGACGUACGUAAGCCAUUAGGAUGAGUUAGAUGAGAAGAUUGAUUCCGUUCAUGUCUGUACAGUAAAUUUGAAGCUACAGCUUGCAGACUGGAAACAGGAGAAACUAUAUAUUUAAAGAAAAACUUCAGUAAAGUCACAACUAGGAUCAUUUUUUUCUCUCUUCCCUUUAAUACAUUUAAAUUAAACAAUCCAUACAUAGGCUAAUCUUUAUGUUAACCUAAGCUAACGGGUAAUGACUACAACCCUGUUUUCAUAUUCAGAGUAGGCUACAGAGGUAAGAGCCAUUUUACGUUGUUAAGCUCACUUUAUUUCUCUAAAUGUCAAACUGUUAACAUUUCAGCAACAUGUAAUCUAAAAAGGAACUGUGUGACAUUUUGCCAUCUGUGUGCUUACGUUUACGUUUUUUAUCUGUAGCUACGCUAGAAGCCAGCAGCUGUUUAGCUUAGCUUAGCACAAAGACAGGAAACGGGGAAACAGCUAGCUUUCCUCUGUCUUGGUGUUAAAACAAGAUAUAACAUGUCAGUAAGUGAGCUCCAGAGACACUUUUUGUGUUUGCUAAGAAGCCAGGCUAGCUGUUUCUUUUUGUUUCUUCAGGUUUAAGCUAUGUGCUAGUUACAGGUUUAUAUCUGGUGUCACAGCCAGCGAGAGGAGCUACUCUUCGUUUGUGUAAGAAACUAUCAGGUCAGGUUACUAUUUUUGCUAAACUAAGAAAAACGGCUGCUGGACGGAAUCAAUCUUCUCACCUAAGUCUCGACAGGGAAGUGGAUAAGGUUGAAACAAUUUCUUUAGAUGGUUAAAAAACUGAGUUCAGCUGAUGGCCGAGGCUAUGUGCUGCCGUUUCUUUAAAAUUAGCAAGGGAAGCAGUGUUUUCUUCUGUAGUUCUAAGCUCCCACACUGAACCAUUCAACAAUAAUAACGUAUGCCUGGUGGGGAUCAUGUGUGUGUGUGUGUGUCGAAGUGUGCAUCUGUCUGCAGUUACUGGACCCAUCAGCCUAAUAUCUUUGUUCACGUUUGUGAGUGUGUGUGUGCUCCAGUACAUCUUGUGUUUGUGGUGAUUCACAGUUUGUGAGAAACCCAUUUUUAUUGACUGUUUUAUACCGCCUCUGACUGCUGACACCUCAUUCCUCUUAACCGUCUGUGGCCCUCAAGUCAUCAUCAGCUGCUUCACUUUCCCUCAGACACACCUGUGUCACUCUCCUUGUAUGUGUUUGUACAGUACGUCCUCACUUUGUUCUCUAUGAUGCCGUUUGUGGCUGAAGAGACGCUGAGCUGUGACUGAACUGUUAAUACAAAGAGUGCGGGAUGAUUACUGAUCCUUUUUUUUAUGGUUCUCAUAUGAAAUGUGUUGGUAUUUAACAUAAGCAGGCUGAAGCUGGAUCUUCCUGCUGUCUACUUGAGCUCAUCAGGAAGUGGGCGCCAUGAGAAACCCUUCACAAUAAGAGCAGCACAAUCAAUAGUUAGACUUGACGUGAAUUAAUAGUUGAGUAGCUCCACCGUGUGUACCUUUCUAUUUGCUUGUCUGCCAAAAUAGCAACAGUAGACUAGAUCCUGUUCAUCAGGAGAUUUAGUGACGACCCUGAGGUGAAGAUGUGACUCCUCUUCCUCCUCUCUCCUCAAAAGUGUACAUUUUGUACAUAAUGUCCACAAUCGUGCAUUCCUUUUUGAUAUGUUUUGAUUCGCCAUUAGUGGACUUUGAAUUCUUCCUAAUCAUACGUGCUGACAGUGUCAUUUAAAAAAAAUGUAAUGAUCAGCACAUUUCAUAUUUUAUCUCAGCCUAAGCCAAGACAGUCCAAACAGACGUGGGGCAGAUGUGUCCGAGCGGUGCUUCAGUGCCUUCACCACAGUGCCUUUUUAUAGAGAGCGAGAACAAAGCACAGAUGAUGAUAAAGUGCGAAUAUCGAAGCACAGACAUGUAAAAAUGAUACCUGUAUCCUUUUUGUAGAAACUGGACCGAGUACAGAGAAUUUUGAGACAAACGUGCAGUAAAUUCAUUUCACCGUAAUAACGUGUUUUGUGCUAAAGUGUUUUUUUUAGGAGCCCCAUAUUUAGAUGGUUGAGUGAUACCAAGAAUUAAAAUAAUAUUUAAAAAUCAAA